GGAGCAGCUUCAACAGAGCCUGCAGCUCCAGUGGUCGGACUGACCAACAUUUGCACAGCUAAAAUUGAAUCCAUGGGCAGAGGAAGAGGGAGAGGGAAGAAGCAAACCACUGUCAGGAGCCAUGAAGACAAAGGUAGCAGCGGCGAAGAAGUCGUGCCGGUAAAGAAGAGGAGGGGAAGGCCCCAAAAGCUCUUCGCCAGUAAGAUCGAUCAAGCAGAUGUUGAAAACUUUGUAGAACAGGUCGAUGCCGACCAAGAAGAAGCUGACGAUGCCAAGCUGAAGAACAACACUACAGCUGGUGGUACCAAGAGAGGCAGGCCGCUGAAAGAGGGCUCCAAUAUUGCCGUAGAAGAUACUAAUUCUACUAUUCGAUUAAGCAGUGAUGAAUCAAUGAGGACCAAUGGGUUCAGGCAGAUUGGGAGCCGACGGAAAAACAAGCCCCGGCGAGCAUCGGAGACAGGGCUAGAAUGCAAGUGAACCGUCCCUGCAUUUUUCAGU